AUGUCAAAGAUAAUCAAGUUUGGCAAGAAGAAGAAGAAUAAGGAAUGGGACAGCAAUGAUGUCAAGAUCGUAUCUUUUACCAAGAAAGAGAAUGUGUUGGGUGGGGUUGGUGGAGAUAGGACAAUGAUGCCUGCAACAACACAAGAGUUUGGCACACCACCCUCACAUCAACAGAAUGCAAUGCAUCUGCAUCAAGGCGGUGGCAGGGUGUUUGGCUCCAGACUGAAAGACACUGGCGACGUGCCGCAGGUUGUCCAACAGACUGUCGAAUACCUUGAAGCCAACUCCUUGCAGACACCCGGUAUCUUCCGUGAGAGUGCCUCUCAACAACAGGUACUACACUACAAGAACCUCUACGAACAGGACAAACCAGUAGUAUUCCAGGCUCACGAGAGUCAUGUAGUUGCAUCUCUACUCAAAGCUUACUUGCGCGACCUCCAAGAUCCAUUGUUGUCCUUUGAAAAUUAUAACAUGUUUGUUGCUUGUGAAUCAAUCAAUGAUGAACAUGUCAAGGUUGAAGUUAUCAAGAAGGUUCUAAAGUUGUUGCCUACUACCAACAUCAAGGUUAUUAAGUAUAUAUUUGGAUUCUUGGUCAAAGUAAUAGCCAACUCUUCAUCGAAUAAGAUGUCAGCUGACUCCUUGAGUGUUGUAUUUCUACCAACCAUACUUCGCCCAGAGGGCCACACUGAUCAACAGGUACUACAGUAUACAGUUGAGGACUCAAACAGUACCAAGACACUAAUGACUACAAUGUUGUCACACUUUGACGACAUCUUUGAAGAUCCAUCAUUGUUCAUCAAGACAAGACCCAACAGAGCAAUCACAGAGUUUGCUCAACCAACACAUUUCACACCGGCAACACCAUCAGCAGCAUCAUCAUCAACAUCAUCACAUCAUCAUACUCCACUGCCUCCACUUCCACCCUUACCUCCACUUCCAAAACCACCUUCAUCACCAUCACAAGCCCGCCAUGCUGCCCCACCACCAUCAUCUGCAUCAUCAUCACAACCAAAGUAUCUUCAACAAAAGAAUCGCUCUCCAUUACCACCAAUCCCAAGCUCGACUGGCGGUGGCGGAGCCACAACUGCCGCCGAGCAUCACAACGUGGGUGGCGGUGGCGAUCCACCCUCGCCCAAGUCGCUCUCAUCGUUUGCAUCAGGUGCAAAAUCACCUUCGAUCCAGGCUCUUUCACAUCAACGCUACAACACUCUGCCAGCCAGUCUGUCAAUAGACACGCACUCGCAUGGGUACACUCACAACACACCACUCUCCACCUCACCAUCAUCGAUGCCUCCACCUCUGGCCCCACUGGAACUGCCUCCCAUACCGUCCACCAGCGAAUACUCAUCAUCGCCAUCGACAUGGGAGACUGGCAAGACCAAGAAGCAGGCCGAUGUCAUGUACUCCAAGAAGACUUUACCAGCAUUGCCUGGCGACAAGACCAAGGACAAGGUCAAGGAUCGUGUGCUGCCCGCCGUCCCUCCAUCACCGACCAAGGAGAGGGCAAUGCCGCCACCUCCUCCUCCCAAGCCACGUGCGGCUCCAGUGACCGUGGAGUAUUAA